AUUCAAUUGCUUACAAAAGUUAUUCACUGUUGUCCCAUGAGAGAGAUUUUCUUCAAAUGCUGACAAAGUGAUUGCUUAUCUUCUUCACCAAACACUCCAACUCUCCUCCUCAAAUUAACCCAUCACAACUGAUCCCCAUCUACAACAUUCAGCAAUGGCUGCUCUCUCAAUUGGUCAUUCUUUCCACAGCAAGAACACUUCAACUCAUCAACAACUCAUCAACAAGAAGUCCAAUCCAAGGUUCCUCGUCUCUGUAUCCUGCCAAAGCCGCGUACCGAUCAAUCGGUCGAGCCCAGAAACAGAGGAAGAGAAGGAGAAGGGCAAGAAGCAGCUUCUGCUACGGCUUUUCGUCGGCGUUGAGAAGCUUGGGAAUGCAUUGAAGGAGAAUCUGAGUCCUAAGCAGAAGGGUGACUGGAAGGACUUGGUGUUGAUGAGCUUAUCUUUUGCUGUGUAUAUAUAUAUAUCUCAGAAGAUUGUUUGUGCUUACUGUGCAUGGACUUCCUUGCUCAAGCAACCAUGGUGAGACAGUCUCACCCAUAAAGGGGUGAUGUAUUGUGGGACUGAAAUCAGAAGCUGUUGUUGACUAGAGAUUGGUUCCUCUAUAUAUUUACAUAUAUAUAUAUAUAUAUUUGUCUAUUUUUUUUGUAAUUACUUUUUAUUUUUUUAUGGGGAUGUUUAAUUAGCUAUGUAAAACAAGUUGUUUGCUUUGUGCUGGAGCAAUGUAUUACAAUGGAAAAUCAACACAUCUGGGAGGAUUGAUAUGAAACAAUAAAACUCCCUUGAAUUACAAAAGAUUCGUUACAAAAGGGAUAUAAAAUCUAUUUUUUUCCUUUUAUUUUA